GGCAAUAAAUUAGUUCGUGUCUCGUGAUAAAAGUGACUUGCGUGGAAUUCAGGCAAAAUUAAAAGUAUUUCUUGGGUACGCAGUAUUUUUAACACGUCAGUGUUAAACUUACCUGGGUAGUAACUCUUUUUACUUAAUACCGGAUAGUGUAUUUAAAAAUGAGCUCGCAAAAAUUGGGUUUGCUGAUCGCAACCUCAGCAAUAGUGCUCGUUGGUGUUGCAUCACAAACUAGUACUUCAACGUCGUCCACGUCGACGUCGCCAACAACUUCGACAUCGCCCACUACGUCGACAUCACCAACAACGUCGACAUCACCAACAACUUCGACGUCGCCCACAACGUCGACAUCACCAACAACGUCGACAUCACCAACAACUUCAACGUCACCAACAACUUCGACGUCGCCCACAACGUCGACAUCGCCCACAACGUCGACAUCACCAACUACGUCGACAUCGCCCACUACGUCGACAUCACCAACAACUUCGACGUCGCCCACUACGUCGACGUCGUCUUCGACUUCAACCACAACUCAACCCACAACGACUACUAUUGUGCCGUCAACAUGCUCGUCUGUUGAUGCCAAAAUUGCUGAUCCGGUGACAACCAACUGCAAAACGUUCUUCAUUUGCACCAACGUGAGCAAUGUGCUGAAGUACGUAAAGUCGAACUGCUCUGAUUUCAUGCUCUUUGACUCGACUCGCCUUCGGUGUCUCAAUCAAGUUUACGUCACUUGCACCGCUUCAACGACGACGUCCACGACAUCAUCGACCUCGACAACGUCCACAACCACGACAUCCUCAACGACGACAACUCCAACGACCACAACACCGAUCCCUUCAUGCACAGUUGAGGGUGCGAAAAUUCUGAACCAGGCGGUGGCAAACUGCGCCUCUUUCUACGUCUGUACUUUGGUUAAUGGAGUCCUGACUAAUGUCAUUUCUUCCUGCCCAGUCAACAUGGCGUUCAGCGUUAAAUAUGGGAGAUGCCUUAACGUUGCUUACGUAACCUGUUAGGAAGUCUUUGCAAUGUAAUCUGCGUAUGAAUUAAAUUGAGGGAUUUAAAUGAAUUAAAAUUUGCUUUAUUGUACACACAAUAAAACCAUUUAAAUAGGUUGGAGUCGA